AUGGGCGAACAAGAAGAGGGAUGCUCUGAAGAAGAAGAAGAAGAUGAGGGUGGGGGGGAGUCAAGAAGAGCUUGCCUUGAAGAGGAGGAGGGAAGUGUGGCUGGGCGGCUGGAGGGAGAAGAAGGCCCAGCCAGGGUAGGGACAGACCGCCUUGUUGGAAUUGUAGAAGAGGCAGCCUUGCGCUCAACAGCCAGGUUCAAUGAGGCUGAACUGCUGAGGGGGUUAUGCCCCGCCCAAAUGGAGGUGACCACCUUAGCGGGGGCUCUGCUAAGGAAGGCGGGGGCUGCCAAACUCAAGGCAGAGGAAGCUAAAACUCAGCUUGCCAAGUUGAAGAAGAAGAGUGCAAAGGCAUUGAGCAGUAACGAAGAGCUGGUCAGGCAGAAAGAUGAGGCAGAUGUGAAGAUUGGCGAUCUAAAGAAGGAGCUGGAAGGCAAACGUGCCAAGGCAGUGAAGGAGAUGGGGAGACUUCAGAAGGAGCUGGCAGUAGAGAGAGCUAAGGCGACGGCGGAAAAGAAGAGCUUGGAGAAGGAGUUGGAGGAGGAGAGGGCCAAGGUUGCGUCUGAAAGGGCGGCCCUGCAGAGGGAGCUGGACGAAGAGAGGGCGAAGGCAGCCUCUGAAAGGGCGGCUUACCCCGAUCUAUGCAUCGCAGCAGUGGAGCAGUUCAAAGGGUUUGCUGAAUUUCAGAUGGCCAUUGAUGCCGCGGUCGCCAGCAGCUUGGCUAGGCAAGAAUCUGGGGGGCCCCAUCGAGGACGACCGCUGGAGGCAGAACGGAAGCAGAAGUUAUUGAGAUUGUGA